AUGGCCACUUAACCUUUGUUAGAGACAUUGCCCAAAGACUUCCACAAAAUGCCUCCAAAUUAUGACUUUUCCCAUAAAGGAAUCAAUUGGAAAGAUUACGAGAAAGAUUUUGUAUUAAGAACUGAUGCAGUAUGGGAAAAAGAUUAAUUAAAGGAUUGGUUCAGAUUAUAUACAAAAUGUUUUUACUUUGACACCACCGCAAAUAAAUACUCUUUGAUGGAGCCAGACGAUGUUUAUACUAUUCUGUUUGAAGGAUGGGCUUUGGAAGAUUGUUUGUUUCCCUUCAGAGGUACUACUCCAACAGGAAGAACUAAUUGUUUCCAAGUUGGAUUACCACCUAAAUAAAAAGUGUAUGUUCCUUAUCCAACAUAUCAAUCACAAUAAGAUUACUUUACUUUAUGUGCUUUAAGAUUUUAGAAGUGGUUUGAUUGUGAUUAAGCUGAGCAUUUUAAAAUGGAUAAGACUGAAGCCGAUUAUUUGAAAAGAGCCAAAGUAUAUCCAUGCUAUGCAAUGUUUUAUGAAGCAGCAUAUGCUUGCACUGACGAUAUGUUUGAUUUCCUCAUGGAGUUAGCAUAUACAAGAAGAUCAAAUAGAACAUUUGAAUAUAAUCAUUUCCAACAUGAGAUGCGUCGCCCUCCAACUAUUUAUGAUUCUCCUAAAAAUGCGGAGAGAAUUAAAAAAACAUAUUGAAAUAUCAUUAGUAAAAUUAAAAAAAAAUCAUUAUAAAAUCCUAUAA